AUGAGCAAGGUUGUCAUAGAUACUAGCGUGUUUUUUCCUUCUGAUGUAUUCUCUUUACAAUGGCCAUCCGGAUUAGUCCAGACAAUAUCGCCAAAAAUAUUCCCUGCAAUUAAACAAGACCAUCAACAUGAUAAAUGUUCAUCUGCCAAACACGCAAUGAAUCAAAAACCUCUAUCUCUUGGCGCCAUCAUUGACAUGGUUAUAUCAACUCUUGACAAGUAUUAUCUAGGUCUACAAAUAAAUCGACUUUCUUUGGUAUCUGUGCCAAAGAUAACUACUGAAUAUGAGGGUUUACAAACAUUAUAUAUAAAGCACUGCUUGAUUUGA